AUGACUCGACUUAUGGACGAUGUGUUCACCAACUAUAACAAAGAGAUACGUCCAGCCCGGGCCACCCAAGAUACCGUGACGGUUUCUACAACACUCUUUCUUCUCUCAAUUAUUGAUGUUGAUGAGGUGUCUGGAUCAAUCACUCUGAGUGGAGGACUUAGCAUUUUCUGGAUAGACUUUAGGUUGUCAUGGCAACCAGCCGACUACGGUGGGUUAACUUACCUCAUGGUGAACUCCUCCAAGGUUUGGACACCGCAUAUUUUUCUGCUAACAUCUUCGGCAGAAAUGGAAAAGUUCAGUCUCCACGAGUACGAUAUCAGGAUUCACGAAUCUGGUUUGCUUAGCGUAAGUGCAGGAAAAUUGAUUAGAUCGAGCUGUACUAUAGACAUGACAAACUUCCCCCUGGACUCUCAAACGUGUUCGUUGGUAGUUAUUCCCUGGGGGUAUCUUGCGACAGAGAUCAAUCUCACAUAUAUAGACCACAGUUUCGAAACAAGAUUCUUAAGCCCUAAUGGCGAAUGGGACAUUGAGAGCAAAUCAUCAGAAACAGUAGAUGACCCUACAUAUAUCACUAAUGCAGUUGCUUUCAAUUUAGGGUUGAAAAGAAAAUCUGCAUACUUUGUGAUCUCGAUGGUCUUACCAGUGUAUAUCCUUUGUUUCCUCAACCCGUUCGUCUUUCUCUUGCCGGCCGCGUCGGGUGAGAGGAUUUCCUUCACAAUCACCAUGUUCCUGUCUCUGGCGGUCUAUAUGACACUUGUCGGGGACAACAUGCCGAAGGUUUCCGAGCCCAUGGCGGGUAUCUCCUACUUUCUACUGGUAUCAAUGAUCUACAGCUGUGUGUUGAUAAUACUCACAAUAUUCACUCUUCGCUGGCAUGCCAGGAAUGAUGCAAGUCACUUUCCAAAAUGGCUGAGACGGUUCGUGUUACUGCUGAAGAAAAAAGACUUUAAGAUAACAGAACCUUCCAAUCACAACGAUAGAGCCGAAAAAGACAAUUACAUCUCUGGACAGAACGGCAUACAGCAUCGUGAUAUCAACAUUGAACUGUACGACGGAGGCAAGAAAAAUAAUUUUCUGAAUAAUCCGACAAAUUUGGAAAAAGAGGACGUCGUAGAUUUAAUUGAUAAUGCUUUGUUUGUGAUCUCGGAGAUUGCAGUUGUUGGAAUGAUUUUUGGGUUCACAUAUGGAUAUUACAGAUGA